UUAUUCUCAAAAUGGCGUCAAAUAAGAAAAAGCAAGAUGAAAAACAUCUCAAAAUGUUACGGGACAUGGUGUCACUGACCAGCAACAAACAGUGUUUUGAUUGUCAUCAACGUGGGCCGACAUAUAUAAAUAUGACAAUUGGAUCCUUUGUGUGUACUUCGUGUAGUGGAAUUCUACGAGGACUAAACCCACCUCACAGAGUGAAAUCUAUAUCUAUGGCAAGUUUCUCUCCAGAUGAAAUAGAAUCUUUAAAAUCCCAUGGUAACGAGUUUUGUCGGAAAGUUUAUUUAGCACUAUAUGACAGCCGAUCGUGGCCAGAACCAGACUCCAGAGACGAACAAAGAGUACGAGAUUUUAUGGUACAAAAAUAUGAAAAUAAACGAUGGUAUAAUGCACCAACACAAGAAAUGAAAGAUGAAGCCAGAAGUAUAAAUGAAGCUGCAAUUAGUAAAAAAAAUCAGACAAAACCUUUGAGAUCUCUGUUAGGUGAUAAAACACCUAAGUUAGUUUUACAAGAUAAUAUUUCUCCACAAAUGAAUCGACAACAUCCCCAUUCUUCUACACCGGUAAUAGGUCAGAUACCAUUACCGACUGCAGCUAGUGUAUCUUCCUCUAACCCUACUGUUACGCCCACUUCUAAACCUCAACAAAAAUCUGGUUUUGAUUUAUUAGGGGAAUUAGGUUCCGAUCCGUUUGGAUGUACAGCACCAGCUACUAAUGCUUCUGUACCAGCUACAGGUGGAUUUGCUGACUUUUCAAAUUUUAACAGCCAGCCAAUGGUGGUAUCUUCCAGUCAACCUGUCUCAAAUAAUACUUCUUCAUUUGCUCCUGUAGGAACAGGAUCUAGUGCUAAUACUCCUACAGGGUUAGGUGCUUUUACUUCUAUACCUAAUGCAGUUCCUCCUCCUACAACAUCUAAUACUGCUAAUCCAUCAGAUAAAUAUGCAGCAUUUGCUGACCUUUUCGCCGAUGUGAGCACAGAAUCUACUACAACAGCUGGUUGGAAUAGUACAAACACAGUUACAACACCUAGCAGUGGUUUAGGUGCAGCAGACACAUUUGGUGGAACACAAAAUUGGGGUAAUCCUGCAAGUACUGGAUCUGCUAAUCCAUUUAGUGGGGGAGGUUUAGCAAACAGUCAAGCUCCUACAGCGGCUCCAGUCAUUAAUCCAUUUGCUAGUGGAGGACAGGCUAUGUUCGGUCAGCCAGCACAAAUUCCACAAUCAAGUGCAGGAGAUUUCUUUGCUUUCGGAUCACAGCCAGCACAGCCUGCUGUAGCUGGUAAUUUUGGACAGUUUCCUUCGCAAAAUGGAGGAUUUCCACAAACCGGGGGUUUUAAUAUGGCACAGCCCACCUCUGGAUUUGGAUUAGCACAACCAAAUGGAUUGGGACAACAGCAAGCUUUUGAUGGAGGUUGGAAUCAACAACCAACGGUUAAUCCAUUUAUGAACACAGCAAAUGCACAACAGAUGGCACCUAGGAGUAACACGUCAAAUCCAUUCUUGUGAUGAGAGGAAUUUAAACCAGUGUUAUAAAUAGUGAUACGAUCAAUUCUAUAUGAGGGUGAUAUGCCAACAAAGUAUUGCAUUUAUUUAAUGUUUGAUAUUCAUUACCUCUAUUUAUGCUAUCUAAUAUUCUCUUACUGUAAAUAGUAACGAAAGAGCUUCAAGUUUUUAAUCAGAGUUACACCACUUGGUAUUACCCACAUAGUGCCCCCUGGGUGUUAUUUGGGCUGUACCAUUUAGAGAACAGGGUUUACAGUACAGCUUCAGUUUUAAAUUAGAGACCUUAUGGUGUAAGCGAAUUAGCGACAAUCAGCUAGAGGUUCUUUGGAAUAUUCAUUUUCCUAGAAGCACUAGAGUAGGUUGGUAAAUAUUUACGCUAAGGGCUGUUGGUACCACUCUUUCUUAGUAGAAGUCAAACUAUUUAUAAUAAAAAUGAAAUGUUAGCAUCAAGUUAGAAAGAAAAACAGUAAUAGAGCUUUCUUUGUUUGGAUUCUUGGCAAUUAAAUGCAAUUGAAAAUUUCCAAUUUUAGUUAAAUUAAAGAGUUGUACAACAGCCCAAUAAAGACACUGUAAGUGUUUAUUAUAUACAUAGCUCUGUUAUUUUAAAAGUGCUAAAAGGAGAUACACUUUGUUCAUGUUUUAUGGAAGUGUAUGUGUAUAUUUUGUGGAAAAAUGUGUGAAUGACUUUAAUAAAGAAUAUUGUAAAUGAAUCCGCGACCCAUAUACUUGUACAGUUUACAGAACCCCUUAAAUUCUACAUGCCUGAGUUCUGUAAUUCAUCAGUUGAUCCUCUGUUGAUGGUCCUCCAAUAGGUGAUAAAAACAUAACUGGAUUUAUCUUGUAAAUACUACUCCAGAAAUGAUCUAAUCAAACUUCCUGAUUUGAUGAGAAGUGGUAUCUAGUGUUUAUAUACGAGUAAACAUUCUCUGUCGUAUGCAUCACACUCAGCUAACUGGGACAAAAAUUUAGAUAUAGACAUCAAUAGAAGAGCUAUUGAUAAAUUUGAUAAUCAACUGAUUAUAUCUGUUGAUCAUGUACAGAACAUGUCCUGUGGAAUAAGGGUGUACUGUACAUAACAGUAAUUAGAGUAAAUUCUUAUAGAAGUCUGGUAGAUGUCUAACAUAGAUCUGAUAUAAGGAAAAAUAUUCAAAAUGUCUAAUACCUGUAGAUUAUCUACAAAUAGAGAUAUUGUCUUUAAAGAAAUAGGUCCAUAUGGAUAAUAGCUAUUUAAUUUAGUAUUUAUUUUAGAAAUCUGUUGUUUUGGGUAUUAUAUUUCUGAUGACUUUAUCAAAGUUUGUCGUUUUAGCUUCAUUUAUUUUUCAAAUUUCAAGGGAAACAAUUACUGAAAGAGAUGUAAAUAUUUUGUCUUAAUAGUUCUAUGUUCAUCAGAAGUUGUCAUGUCAUAUUACAUUAGGAUUCAAUGAGAUAUUAGUUAUAACUGCAUAAUUCAUUCAAAUAAAAACAAACAUUUUGAUUCAGUUUAUUUCUUAAAAAUGAGAUUUAUUUAUUAAAAGGACAACAUGGCAGAAAAUCAAUAAAAAAAUUCUGUUUUGAAAUUAAACUAUUUAGAUAGUAAUUAAGACAAUUACAAGCAAAUAAUACAGGUUAAAUAUUGUUACUGAAUUCAAAUCAAUAUAUUUAAGAAGAUCUCAGGGGCAUAAAGAUGGUGCGAAAUUAAUUAAAAUUUCAAACUCCUGUUUGAAUAUAAAUUGGAUCAGUAUAUUGUUUCAAGGUUAUUGUACUGUUGAUUGUGUAUCAUCUUAAACUCUGGCUUGUUGUCCCUUUAAAAUAGGUGUAUUUCAUUUAGUAUUGUAUUAAUUUCUCAUUCUUAUUGCCAUGAAAUUUGAUAAAAUAUGUGCAGUGUUUUAGGUAUAUCCUACAAAGAUUACGAGAAAUAAAAUUUACCUAAGUUUUAAGAGGCUUGAAGAUAUAUUUCCUUGAAAGUCAUGGGUCUAAAAAUAUGAUUAUUGAAUCAAAAACAUAUUCAAAUUACUAGGAAAAAUUUAUUUGUUACAAUGUCUUUAACAUUAACAUUUUUGACAAUUUGUACAAAUUUAUCGAGGCGCAAUUAUGUAUUAGACUGGUGCUGCUUUUGGAUAUUAUAUGGCAGUGAGACAGCAGGAUCGGGCUCUGUGAUACAUAUACUAAAAAAAAAAGUUGUAUAACUUACAUCUUGCAAUUUGGGUCUAUAAUUGUUUAACUUAUAUACAGCAAUUUGGGUCUAAUUUGAUUUCUCCUGGUAAAUUACAAAUAUCGGAAUUUUAAAUUAUAAUAAGUUUAGCAGAUCAAAUGUAUGAUCUUAUUAUGCUCGAGGGGACAUAUCUUUAAUUAAAUACAAUGGUUAAAAAUAAGUUUCUUUUCGUAAAAAAAUACCAUAGAAAAUGUUAGUGUAUAAAAACCUAGAAGCUUUAAUUGUGAUAAUAAUCCAUGUUUGAUUAUGUGUAGUUUCCAAUCUGAAAUAUAUAUAUAUAUAUUUUUUCAUUCACUAUAAUAUAGUUUUAAUUAUGGGUGAUCAACUUUUUUUUUCUUCAGAAUAAUGGUCAUCCCAAACUUUGUAUAAUAUUUCUCUUUGUGUCUGUUUUGAGUCCAUUCACCAACUCAUUCAACUUAUCUAUUUGGGUCAUUGAUAGUAAAAUUAAUUUUUUUUUUUUGUGCUUAUUUUCAUGUAUCACUCUCCAGUUAAUGAGAGGUUUCUGUGUACAAAAAAGAAAGGCAAGGGUUUGAGUUUUCAGUGACAGUAUGACUGCCUUACAUAAUAGAGAAGUACAAUUAGUUGGCCAGUUACUAUAUAGAUUUCGAGAGCAUGAUUUUUCUAUUGUCUUCCACAUUAGUUCUCUUUCUUUCCAAUGUGCGUAGAAUAAAGGUGAAUGAAAUGUUCCAAGAAGGAUGGUUAAAUGUAUGAAAAUGGUUGGUUAAAUGCCAUUCUCAAUUAGAAGAGAGAAAAUAUAUGCACAAAGUGCCAUAAUAUAUAUAUUAAAUCCAAUAACAAAAAUUAAACCUUUAUAUUUAUGUAUUUAGUUAUAUGUUUUCUUGUUUUGGGAUUAAUUUUUUAUAUUAUUUAGCCAUUUCAUUGCCAUAUUUUGUCUACAUUCUCUAGUCAAAUGCUUUAUUUCUAUAUUGGAUACACCUACUUUCUGUCUUUAUGUGGAAGAAUGCACUCUUAUGGAUUGUAUCCAAUUAAUGCUUGCACUUUUGUUGUUGGCCAUUGACUGGCAAGACAGUUUGUUCAAAGAUGACAUUCUUUAGCAUUAUCCCAAAUGAAUUUAUCAGUGUUUUACACAUAAAAAUUUAUAUAAAAAGUAACAGAAUUUGUUGUGAUUAGGUAAAAUUCCCAAUUGAAUUGCAUGCAAAUUGACUCACACGUAGAUUAUCUAGCCAGUUAAAAUACUGACCAAUAUGUGCAUGUACAUGGGAGUCCUGGAUAAAAUUAAAGUUUUCAACUCUUGGCAUAUUUAUAUCUUAAUAUGCACACUAUUUAAUCUAAGACCAUUUCUCUAAAACCUAAUCAAAUAUUAAAUAUACAUUAUGCAAGAGUUAAAUCUGUCUAUUGCAGGUCUUUCUUUAGGUCUUAAAUGUUAUAUAAACUAUUAAUGAGAUAUUAAUUAACUUAUCUAAACCAUAAUCAGCUCUCAAUGCAAUCUUAUGUGUCAGAUUUUCUCUGGAUUUGAAUCCGAUCUUCUGCUCAACGCUCAUUGAUGAUUAAAUCCAAAAAUGGAUAAUCAAGACUAUGUUUUUUAUGUUCCGACUUUAGUAAUGAUGAUCGAGGCUAGGCUUAAAAUUCAAAAGCUAAUAUCUCGGUUCAGAGUGGAGCAAUUUGACUGAAAUGUUCAACAUAUUCUAUUUAUGUUAUCUAUAUUCUAACUAUUAUAGUGAGAAUAGUCAACUCUUUAUCUCCCAUAAUGCCUCUUUACCUGACUAAGAUAACCAAAUGCUGGCUUUGAUUUUAAGUUAAUCCUGUUAAUUUUCUAAAAUUUACCCUCGGUAACUGUAUUACCACAGCCAGUUAAUCCAUACCUAAUUUUCGUAUUGAAUCUUUUAUUUUAAUAUUUUAGUCACUGCAUUUUAUGUUUCUACACCUUUAUUAGUUACUAGAUUAACAUUAAAUAUUGUACAUGAUUUGAAACUUACUAUGAAUGACACUUUAAUCUGCAUAAUCUAUAUGGACCUAUUAUUUGAACAUAUGAUGUAUUUAUUGCCAAUGUAAUUAUGCUAUAGCAAUACAAGGGUUUCUGUUAAAUGCAGUUAUAGUUUCAGUUGUUUGUAUAUAGUGAUGCAGUGCAAAUAAAGCUGGAUGUACAACUUGCAGUUUUCUGUAGAGAGUUAUCAUCCAAGAAAGCUAUGUCUUGUUUGUUAGUAGCUUUAGACAAACUGUAGCAUGAGCCAGACAAUCUUUAUGGCCAAUGACACUGCAAUUCAAAAGAGUCCAAUAAUUAAGGGAUCUACAUGUAAUUCCAUGUGACAGGGCCAUUAUCAUUGUAUGUUACUGUAAAGAAAUGUUGCUUUCUCUGCUGUGUAUGAAUAGACGAUAUAUUAUAUCACUCAUAAGUUGUUUUUUUGUUUACUUAGCAUGGUAGCAAUUCAUUCAAUAAAUAUUAUAUUAUCA